UUUUAUUCUUUUAAUUUGCAGAUUCAUCGACAAGUCAAAAAUGAGUCAUCAUUAAUUUAUAAGCUAUGAAGUUUUAAUAUAAAAACGUGAAGUCCAUCCACCAUGAAGCAAGGAUUUAAAUUAAUCAAUGAAGUUCUACGACUAUAAAAUGUCCCUGUAAUAUUUCUCAGUAGAAGUGUGACGUAUAACGACUAGGAUGCUUAUGUGUCAUUAGUUUUGAUGAAUAUGACUAUCUACUAAUUUUACUUUUGUUGCGUUUGAUCUUAUAAAGUGUUAAUCAAUGUUGUCAUAUGGCGACAAACAUUUUUUUCGAUGGAUUUAACCAACGACAUGGAAAUAGGAGUAAUAAUUCAUAAAAACAUUUAUGUUCGUUUGGGAAUAGUUUUAUUACUUCACCUUAUGAAAGUUUCAGGAGAGGUUGUGAAAAGACAGUUAAUACCGACUUUUAUUCCACUUACACCAAGAGAUCAGGUGGUCCAUACAGGAGACACUGUUCUACUGAGAUGUCAGAUACGAAAUUUGGGUCCUAAAUCGGUUUCAUGGCGUAAAAUAUCCGAAGAUUUCCCAUUGACUAUUGGCGACAUGAUGUAUGCGCCCAAUCCAGAAAUGAGUGUUGAUUUUGUGCGAAGUGGUCGUAUAACAAAUAAUACUUUAAUUAUAAAACGCGUAAAACCGUCACACUCAGGGACAUACGAGUGCCAAAUAAGUUCUGCGAAUAUCUAUACAUAUCAUGUGACUUUAGAAGUUUUAAAUACCAGGCGUUACACAGAACCAUCGAUAACUCUUGACGGGACACUGUAUCCAAGUCCUAACCAAAAACUAAAUCUCACGUGCAAUUCGACUGGUAAUGAUCGUUCUCCUGAAAAAAUAGACUGGUUUCAUAAUGGAAACCUUAUUGCGGAAAAUAAGCCGCAGUGGAGAAAUAGGGCUGUUAUAGUGAACUAUGUCCCAGAGGUUCCAGGUGUAUCGUUAAUAAGUCAGCUUACAAUAGAUAAAGUUGGAGCAUCAGACGCUGGAAUAUAUGUAUGCAGAAGUAUGACCCCUAGUGAGGGCAUGACUGUAAAGACGACCAGUGUCAUGGUCAAUGUUUUAAAUGCAGAAAAGGAUAUUAAAAAGAGAGAAGAUGGUCAUACGCAAGAUACUUCACAUAAGUUAUCAAGGCAAGACAGUAACAAGACAGUCAGACUUUCAAGCUGUUUUUACUUGAUACUGCUUGGACUAUUAUUUCAGAUCGUGAAAUGAUGAUUUGUAUGUGAUAUGUGAUAAUGUGCCUUAUAUGGGCGUAUGUGAAAGGUUUAACCUCGAUACCAUGGCAACUAGAUCAUUCAUGAAACUGAACGAAAGGAUGUUAUGUGUUGUGAAUCGCACUCUUGUGAUACAAGUAAACAAUAAUGCCGCAAACUUGAAGAACGGUCAUAUUUUGUACGACAACUAUGUUCAUAAAAUCACAUUUCAUUUCUGUGUUGUGAUCAAUUAAAUAUCUGAAAUCCAUAUCAUUCAGAAUCUCACUGAUCAUCUAUGCAUGUUUGUAUGUUUAUACAAGUAAAAAUAACUAACAUGCAAAUCACAUCAUUAUAGCUUAAUGUUGCAUUGUUUUAAUCGAAUUCAUUGAUUCAUUGCUGUUUACAUUUUAAUCAUCUUGACACGUUGUAAUAAUAAACUACAGAUCAGUUGGGUUCUGCCUUGUUACCCUUCGUGGCAGCCAGCCUCACUAUGCCAAUUCAAGUAAAUAUCUGAAAUGUUGAUUGUAAAUGCUCAUCUGCUUAUAUCAAUAUAUUGUAAAAGUAAAUCUCAUGAUAACACAAGAAACACCAUGUCUACAAUAAAAGGCCUACAGGGUUGAGAAGGUUGAACUGAUGCCCGCCGUGUGGCAACUCCCACUAUAGACCUCAGCCGUUAUGUACUUACUGAACUUACAAAGUGAAAGGGCUCGAACACGAGUCAGUCAAAAUUAAAUUUCAAGCAAAUUUUGUGAAACAAUUCAUUUCUUUGUAAUUGUCCUUUUUUAAAACAUACCUGUCUGAACAGUUAAUAUAUUAGAAAUAGUUAAAUGUAUUAGAAAAUGACAUCAACCUGAUUUAGACAUCAAAGUUCAGAUAUAACCGUAGAUAUUUAUAUUCUUUUGUUUUUUGUUUUUUGCACUCGUAAUUUUUUCAGUCGUUUUCAUUCACAUUCAGCUACACGUAUUCUUAUGUUGGUAAUUUCACCAAUUUUUCAGGACAAUUUCAAGUAUCUACCCAACUUAUUGUUAUUUUAGCCACUGAAACAAAGAUACUGGUAUAUUAACUUUGUUACCUCACAGUACUGUACACCUCUUUACCAUGUCAUAUAUGUACUAAAGAUAUUAUUUUGUUAAAUUGUCAAUUUAUGUUAAUAAAAUUAAAUUAUUGGA